UACGCACCCACCGGGGGAAACGUCCACAUCACCACCAGAAGAUAGACCUGAGCCACAUCACCUCUAAAUGUGGAUCAAUGUCCAACAUCCGUCACCGGCCAGGGGGUGGUAACGUGCGUAUUGAGAGUGUGAAGCUGGACUUCAAGGACAAGGCCGAGGCCAGUGGCUCACUGGCCAACGCCAGUCACACCCCUGGGGGAGGACAAAUCAUGAUCGAGAGCCACAAGCUGACGUUCCGUGACACGGCCAAGGCGCGCGUGGACCACGGGCCAAGACGUGGGGCAGACGUUAUCACCCUGUCCCCAGGUGGCACGGGGGGCACAUCCCCCCACCGUCUCAGCAACGUGUCAUCCACGGGCAGCCUCAACCUCCUGGACUGCCCCCAGCUGUCCACRCUGGCCCAGGACGUCACCAUGGCCCUGGCCAAGCAAGGCUUAUGAGCCUCCUGCCUCCUCCAUCGCCCCUGGUUCCUGGUCCUCCAUCUCYCCCUGGACCUCCUGGAUCCCUUGGACCCCCUGGUCUUAACAUCCCCCUUUAACAUUUCUCCGUCGGCCCUCCACUGCAACAACCCGUCCCCCAAGAUAAGAAACCAGACGACUGUGAUCAGAGUAUCAGAGUCCAUCUUCCAUCAUUCCACUCCCCCUCUCGCUCCUCCAUAGGAAAACAUGCUAUUUAAACUACCACCACCAGGGGGAUUUUAAUGACUGACUCUAGGAUGUAUGUUCUUCUUCUUUCUGUUCUAAGGGAUGUGCCCGACUCUGCUAGGGUGUGUUGUGUUGUUCUUUUGGCUUCUUUUCAUUCCAUGUUGAACUUUCUUUGGGACAGUACUGUAGAUGGCCAGUGUGCUAACUAGCUAAGGUAUUGAAACAGGUACAGGGAUAGUGUUGAUAGGGUUAUCGGUUAUCUAAGACUUUACAGUGAUUCUUAUUGUGUGGCAAUGAUCUCAAAGACAUUCCAUUUGACCUGGGAUAUUAAGGGGCCCAGACUGGUUUCAUUCCCAACAUACACUAUAUAUACAAAAGUAUGUGGACACCCCUUCAAGUUAGUGGAUUCGGCUAUUUCAGCCAUA